UCCUUUAAAUAUCGUUUAAAUCGUACUUAGUGCGAUCGCUGUGCACUUUAUUGUCGCAAUUAGCUAUUUAAUACUAAAUAUGUUAAUCCAGUUCACAAAUGUUUACAGGUGAUAUCAGGUGAGAGGGGAGGAGCUCCCGAAGAAGAAAAAGGAAAUGAAAUGAAGAGGAAAAGGAAGACAAGAGUAGAGGAGGGAAAAGGAGAGAAAAGAAGACACCUCUGGACGUGGGAGCGCAUGUUAUGAGAGGCCUCAGUGUUACUUUCCAUAGAAGUUUAUAUUAAUAAUUUAUAUUAAUAAUAAUAGAAGCAUGUUGUGUUAUCCAAAGAAACUCAAAAGUGUGAAAGGGGCAACCAGCUACCCAUAAGCUGCGUCUGCCCGUGAACCAAGUCUGAACUUGCUGACACAGUCCAGGAUUUAUCACGCAGAUGGCACAGCAAAAUGAGCCUCUGUAUGAUUUUCCGGAGCCCAACCAGGGGUCAGAGCGCAAGUUCAUUGGCCACCAACGUGGAGGCGGGUCUCUGAAGAACAUCAGCAUCCUGGACCGGCUCUUGUUGACAGUGCCCGUCUGGAUGCAGUUGUCAAUCAACCCUGCCACCGCCCUGCACAUUCUGCAGAGGGAGCCUCCAGGGGCAUUCCUGGUGCGAAGGUCUCGCACGUCCCAGAGAAAUGUGUUGUGCGUGCGGCUGGUGGAUGACAGUGUGCCGUCCUUUGUCCAACAGUUUGGCAUCAGGGAGGAACAUUCUACACUGUCUCUGGAUACGUCAGCCAUCAGUUUUCCAGACCUUCCAAGACUCGUUUCAUUCUAUUGUGUCAGCAGAGAUGUACUACCAUUUCCCCUGGAGCUUCCUGAGGCCAUUGCAAAAGCAACCUCCCACAAAGAGCUAGAGUCCAUCUCUCACAUGGGAAUAGAAUUCUGGAGUUCACACCUCAAUGUCCGGGGGCCACGGGAGCCUCCGAAGACCCAGACGAACGAGGACAAGACACCAAACUCUUUAGUCUCACCCCCACAGGAUACGACCCCACAACCACCCUCCUCAGCUCCGCCUGAUUCCGGUACACAACCCGACGCGGUCAACCAGAUGACUAUUGACGAUUGUCCCCAAAAAUCGUGCCCAAACUCUGUCCUGUUCCGUGAAUUUUGUCCCAUCGAGACACGCAGCCCCAAGGAGCUGGACUGCGGCUCGGGCCUGGGCGCCCUCUGCUUCAUCAACCCUCUUUUCCUGCAAUCCGACAGUAUCCCGUCCAAGCGGCGCCUGAUGAAACGAAGCUUCAAGGUGCGGGUGUCCACAGAGACAUCAUCCCUUAUGUUGCCUCCGCUCGCUCCACCGCCCCCACCCCCUCUUAUGCCCAAAACUAGAGGAAAACGCAAAGUCCAAAACCUGACUACACCCGCCUCCCAGGAUUGUCAAUCAUCACAAGCCGUUCACCCCUCAUCUGCAGAGGACGAAAUAAUGGAAGUCAGACUCCCUACUUUAGUGGAGCAUCCUCCUGUCAACACCGACUACAUGCAACCAUCCUCAGCCAUCACAUCCUCAGUUUCCCCCUCACUCUGUUCGUAUCCCGCUGAAUCAGUUCCGCCACUUCCUCCCAAAAUGUCUCACACCCCUCGCGACCCUCCUGCCGCUCCUCAACCCAACCCCUCGAAUUAUCAAUUCCCAUCUCUUUCGCCCAGGGCUCCGCUGUCCCUCUCUGGUUCCCCCUAUCAGUCUCCAUCUUCUUCCCCCAAUGUACCCUUCUCUCUGUCGCCCUUCUUUUCACCUUCCUUGGCUCAGCUGGUAGAGGCCGGGCAAACACCGGAGUCCCGAGCCAGGGUGGAAGACGGACAUGAGGAUAACCGAGUGGAGGAAUUACACAAAGAAAUGGUAUUGGCCUCUCUGGCUGACACAGACAGCUGCAGUUCCUUCAGUAGUCUUGAGGGCGAGGUAGUGAUACCAGAAGGUAACGAUAAUGUCCAGCAAACAGUAUCUGAGUAAAUUGGUUAUUUGCGACACAAAUUAUAAAUGGUGACAGUAUUCAACAUUCCACCUUUUGUUUU